CUCUCACUCUCUAUUUUCUUCCCGUCAUCAUUAAAAGAGCAGCCGCGCACCCAAAACUCGCCGUUUGGAGCUUAACGGUCGAAACGCCGGCCCCUAACGCCGUUUAAGCAGCAAGACUCUAUUUCCUCCUCUACGGCUCUACCUCUCCCGCCCGUUUAAAUAUCCGUUUCCCCUAAAAUUCGGGUUUCUGAGUUGGAACCCAUUUUACCCAAUUUAUUCAAUUUUUUUGAAAUUUGAAUAGCAAAAUUGCGUAUCCAAAAUCGGACCAGCAUUUUUAAGUAAGUGAGUAACUCCUCAAGAUUUACAGAAUUUAAUUUCCAAAUUUCUUCAUAUUUUUUUGAAUUUUCGGUAUUUGAAUCGCUGCUGGAUUUGCUGCUUGCUGACCGUUUGCAAAAGCAGAGUACGGGUUUAGCAAUUUCAUAUAUUGGUGGAUCGGUACUUCAAAGACUGUAGUUACUUAAGAUUCUGGUUUUUGAGAAAAAGGGUUCAGAGAGAUCCUUUUGGACAGAAUUUAAUGUGCCGCGAUUAGCAUUUUCUGCCGAAGAUUCAAACAUGAAGAAGCUCUUCUUUUUCAGAUCUUCUGCUUCUAGUAAUAACAACAAUGUUCCUCCACCAACUGAUAAGCAGAUAUCUGAUGCCGAGAACUCCAAUAAAAGUCCGGGUCUUAGAAGGAGCCGGUCAUUGUCAUCAGCAGCCUUUCUUGGAAGUGAGCCAACACAAACAGAUUUUUCUUCUUCGAAAUAUCAAAGCAGAUCUCCUUGUAGUAGUAGUGCAAGGAGCUUUCCUCAUCAGCAAUGUGACCAACCAUCUUGUUGUCGAACUCUUACUCCUGAGAGGCUUAGGACUAAACAUUUUGAAGUUCCGUCUGUCCAAAACGCACAUGGAUUGGAGAGGCCUGGUUCUGCUGGUUCUUCUAGAAUGCGCCAUGAUUCGUCAGGGAGCUCUUCCACGUGCUCUAGUAAUGUCUCAGCCAAAGUCUUGGACCGUUACAUUGAUGGAGAGCAGGAGGAACUGAGCAGACAAAAGAACAGUUCUUCCCAGAGACACUUGACUGGGAAUGGUGGUGGUGGAUGGCGUCCUCCGCGAACUCAGUUUACAGCACCCAUUUCACCUAGGGCUCAUUCAUUUAGAGAGGCAAAAAGUUCUCGUCUUCGUUCAUCAUCCAAAGAUGGGGCAGAAAAUGGAUUUGGGCAUGAAUCUCCCCGGAGGCUUGCAAAGAAUGUCGUUGAGAGGCUCUCACAGUCUCAUGUUAUUCAACCAACACGUGAGAAGGAGUUUGACCAUGAUAUUCCACUCACCAUUGAGGAUAUUUAUGGUAGACCAGAUCUGAUUGCCCAGAAAAAUUAUCCUGGAGAUGACUACUCAAGCCUGCAGAAGUUGUUCUAUAGUGAAAACUGUGGUGGUAUAAACACCGAUGAGACUGAAGAGGACAUGGAUGUAGAAUUACAAAGAAGAUUGAGGGAAGCAGAGGAGAAGGUCAUGCUACUUUCUGACGAACUUGAACAGGAAAGCUUUCUUAGAGAUAGUGGGUACAAUGUUCCAUCACUGAUUCAGACAAUUAGAAACCUAACUGAGCAGAGAGUAAGCAUGGCACUUGAGGUUUCAAACCUCUUACAGUUGCGAAUUGCUGAGAGGGCUUUUGCCAAGAAAGAACUCAGACUGGCAAACGGAGAACUGGAGUCGCGAACGAAAAAAUUAGAGAAGGAGAAGAAUGAGUUGCAGUCAGCAUUGGAGAGGGAACUAGACAGAAGGUCGACUGACUGGUCAAUGAAGCUUGAGAAGUAUCAGUCAGAGGAGCAGAGGCUUCGCGAGCGAGUUAGAGAGCUUGCAGAGCAAAAUGUCUCACUUCAAAGAGAAGUCUCUUCCUUUAAUGUGAGGGAAACUGAGUAUAGAAGUGUGGAAACAAAAUCAGAGCAACAGCUUAACAGCCUUGCUACAAGGGUGGGGGAAAUGAGAGAGGAGAAUCAAGAACUGAAAAAUAAUCUCUCAGACUUGCAAGAGAAGUAUAGAGCAGCAGAGGAAGACCGUGUUUGCAUCCAUAAAAAUUUUGAAGAGAAGGAUAAGGAGUGCAAGGAUCUGCAUAAGUCCAUUACAAGAUUACUGAGAACCUGCAAAGAACAAGAGAAGACAAUAGAUGGCUUGCGUGAAAGUUUUAGCGAGGAAUUUAGGAAGAACCAAUCCGUGGAGAGGUUUGAUAAGCACGUCUCCAAAUUGCAGAUGGAGCAAAUGAGGUUGACAGGAGUAGAAUUGGCCUUGAGAAGAGAGUUGGAAUCUCAUAAGCUUGAAGUUGAUUCUCUUCGGCAUGAGAAUAUACACUUGUUAGACCGGUUGAGAGGAAGUGGGAAAGAAAAUGGUGCUUUAACUUUCAAGCUAGAUAAGGAAAUGUGGGCACGAAUCUCCUGCAUGAAGAAUCAAGGGCUAUCGAUUCUAAACGAGAGCUCCCAGUUAUGUUCAAAUUUACUGGAAUUUGUUAAAGGGAAAGCAGGCCAACUUCCAGAAGCUAACCAUGGCUUGGAUGGGCAAUUUUUUGUUGAAUCUGAAAUGAAAGUUCAGGGCAUAAAGCGUGGAACUGAAAGCUUUGCAAGAAGUUUGCAGACAAUGUCCGCUUUGCUGCAUGAAAAAUCCAGUCUGUCCAAUUCGAAAUUAGCAUCCAAGUGCACGAAUGCUGAUGGACCAGUACAUCCAGAUGAUCAGGCUCCAGAGGACGACAUGAGAUAUGAGCUCAAAGCAGAAACUUUACUAACAAGUCUACUGAGAGAAAAGUUGUAUUCAAAAGAGCUGGAGGUUGAGCAGUUGCAAGCUGAACUUGCAGCAGCUGUAAGAGGAAAUGACAUUCUCCAAUGUGAAGUGCAAAAUGCAAUGGACAACCUUUCAUGUCUCACCCACAAGUUGAAGGACCUUGAAAUGCAGAUGCUUAAGAAGGACGAGAACAUAAACCAGCUUCAGAGUGACCUCCAGGCAUCUACGAAAGAAUUAACAGUUGCUCGGGGGAUACUGCCUAAAAUUUCAGAGGAGAGAGAUAUGAUGUGGGAGGAGGUGAAGAAAUACAACGAGAAGAACAUGUUGCUGAACUCAGAGGUUAGCAUGUUGAAGAAGAAGAUCGAAACCCUUGACGAGGACAUACUUCUAAAGGAAGGUCAGAUCACAAUUCUGAAAGAUACCAUAGGGAACAAGCCUUUCGACCUUCUGUCCAGUCCCGAUAGGCGAGAAUUUUUGCUUCAUUGAUUGUCAAAUGGCAGGGGUUUCUUAUAGGGUUGAGUAAAUCACAUUGUUCAUAGUCCUAUACUCCCAAAGUUCAAUAGCUUUUCUUUCUCAGUUUCCAUUUGUACACUUUUCCCUCCUUUUCGUCGGUAGAUAAAGAAGCCAGAAACAUAUAAUUAUUUGGUUGUAACCGGGCUUUAUAGUUGUUGAUAGUUGGUUUGGUUUCGCUUGUCGGCGUGAUCAAGAUAUUCUCUAUAUCUUGACAAGCAAGUUAAUGAAUUUGUUUCACUCUA